AUGGAAUCAGCCCAGCACACGGAGGGCCCGUCGCCAGCUUCACACAACAAUAACACUAUACUUACACCAAAUAAUUCCCAGCAACAAUCACGGCCCCGGCCCAAAUCUCAACCACCCAAGCAGCGGAGGAGACCGUCGCGGCCACAGGGAUCAGACUUGAGUAGGAGACCUGCGUCGGACGGCUCUGACCGCGACAGGGAGACCGACGACGCUGGGGAGGGCGCUGCCAACCCAAAGCCUAAUCAGUCAGGCUCGGGACAGUCGGCGUCGAGGCCUGCCAGAAGACGCCCAGCUGCCCCUCGGCCUGCGCCAGCACCAUCGACAGCGAUGCCUUCGGAAGAUGAGCAACUAGUCGACCCGGUACCACUCCGGUCAGGCCAUUCAAACCGACGGGCCGCACCUAGAAGAGUGCCGCGCCUCGGCGAGAACAGCGCGUCUGCGCUGGCAUCUGACACGGACACCACGAGUAGCUCAUCGUCAUCAUCAUCAUCAGCGUUCCCACCGAUCCGGCGGCCUCCGGCGUGUCGUCGGCGACCGUCGGAUAUGAAUCUCUCCCUGAGAGCUCCGAUAACUGAGAUGCCCGAGGACGGUGGCGAGCUCCCUCCUGGCGGUCCCGACUUCUCUACACCGCGACCUCAACGCGAGAAGAACCCGCGAGAAAUCUUACACGAAGGCGAGCGAGGCUUUAUUGUUGACCUCAGACUCAACCUGGACGUCGAGGUGCACAUCAAGGCGAAGCUCUCUGGUGACCUGACACUGUCAGUGUUAUAA